GUCGCGGGUCAUUAAGAGCUUAUCUUAUCAGAGACGUACAAAUACCAUCUACCGCCUACCAUUUGGGGCGGAAUCGGCGGCACAUCCCGGCAGAAAAGAUAAUUUUCUAGAUCCCACCUUCGUCUGCUCUUUUUUUUCGGCCGCGGAUAUCACCAGCAACAAACGAUCCACGGCAAAAUGGCUUCCGCUCCCGAGUACCUGCGGUUCACAGGACACAGGUCCUUUGCGCAGCGACUGAUCAUAUCAACUCUGACUGGUCGGCCAGUACACAUUUCCAAAAUUCGCAGCUCGUCGCCGACACACCCCGGUCUUGCGCCGCACGAGAUUUCGUUCCUCCGUCUACUUGAAGCCGUCACCAAUGGCAGCUCCAUGCAAAUUUCGUACACCGGUACGACCAUAACGUACCACCCUGGUCUGAUUACUGGAACGAUGGCCGGCUUUGGCGCAUCCGAUGGCGACGUCAUCGAGCACAAUCUGCCCGCGAACAACAACCGCGGCGUCACCUACUUCCUCCUCCCAAUCUGCCUCCUUGCGCCAUUCUCGAAGGCGCACGUCAACAUCCGAUUCACUGGCCCGGGUGUCAUCACAUCUGCGACUGAGACCGGCGACAUCUCUGUCGAUUCCUUCCGCACAGCCAUCUUACCCCUCUUCGGUCUCUUCGGUAUCCCGCCUGCGCGAAUCGAGCUGAGAGUGCUGUCGCGAUCCUGCCCUGGAAAGAAUGGAAGAGGUGGCGGUGGUGUUGUUGAGCUCCGAUUCGCCAGCCAGGUCCGUCUCCCGAAAACAUUGCACCUGAACCGCAAUCCCGGUAAAAUAAGGAGGAUACGAGGAGUCGCAUACUGUACGGGAGUCUCAGCGUCCAACAACAGCAGAAUGAUUCACUCGGCAAGAGAGGUUCUGAAUGCCCUCGUUUCGGACAUUCAUAUCGCAGCGCAGUACGACACAGCACCCCUUAUCACGGCGGCCGACAAGUCAAAGACACGAACGGGCAUUGGUUUCGGUCUCAGUUUAGUGGCUGAAUCGAGCUCUGUCGGAGUUCUCUAUUCGGCAGAUGUGGUAGCGCCACCUGUGGGCGGCGUGGUGCCCGAAGAUAUUGGCAAGAAUUGUGCCUAUCAACUGCUGGAAACCAUUGCGCAAGGCGGAUGUGUCAGCAAAACAUCAGCCAGCACUGUCAUGACGUUGAUGGCUAUGGGAUCUGAAGAUGUGGGCAGACUGAGGAUAGGAAGAGAUGUCAUCGGAACAGAAGAAAUGGUUGGGCUCGCGCGGGACUUGCGAACAUUCGGCGCGAGUAGUUGGGGUUUAAGGGACGUUGAAGACGAUGAGUCGAACGAUAUACUUGUUUCGGUCAAGGGAAGCGGUGUUGGUAAUGUUGGUCGCAAAAUUGCUUAAGAUACCAGAAUGCGACGGCACAAUUGAAGAUCAAUUGCCAUUGGAUAUCAUGAUACCAUCUAGACUACCUUUCAUUCCUCUGGUUGCGCUCUAGCUGUGGUAUCCUCCUCAUCGCGGACAGUCUCGUCAAUGUGGCGGUAUAACCGAGGGUUUGAAGCGAGUGACCU